GGCGGAUGAAGCUGCCAGUUGCUAGGAUACGCCAGCAACAGAACAUCUAAGCAGAAAGGAGCUGCUUCCUAGGACUGGAGAACCUUCUUGGUCUGUAAUAGCUAGCUGUUUCUUGAGCAGGAAAAUGUCUGAUACGGAGGAGCAUGUUGCUGAUUCCACAGCCGAGGGUGAAGAAACUGAUGAAGUCAUCAGUAUUCCUCGUCCUUCAGAUGAAGCAGAAGGGUCAGAUAUUACGCCAGAGCAAGAAUAUGAAAUGGAGGAAUUCACCACUGAUAGCGAGGAGACAACUGAGAGGCACAGUGAACUCACUAUUUCAACCCCCAAAUCCUAUGAUUCCAAAUCCAGGGAAGAGGCCAUGUCCCUUGAAAGUGCCCCAGAAUCUCUGGAGCAAGACUACAAACUUCUAGACUACCAGAAAGGAGAAGAUGAUGAGAUGUCAUUUCUGCAUAAAAUAAAAGCUAUAAAGGAGAAUUUGCAGAUGUCAGUGAGAGAGUCUUUAGCAACAGUAAAAAUUGUACUAAUUCCUGCAGGGCAGGAAAUUAUAAUGCCUUUUAGAGUUGAUGCUCCAUUUAGAUUCCUCAAGGAGCACUUUGCACACUUAUUACGUAUCCCAGAAUAUGUAGUGCAAAUGACAUAUGCAGGAAUCAUUGUUGGGAAUAAUGAGUCUCUAAUACAAUAUGGAAUUAAACCACAAGAAAUUGUUCAACUGGAGGUGUUUUCCACACUUCCAGACCAAUAUCCAGUCAGAAGAAUAGAGGGCUUGAGUGAGGGCUCCAAGAUCAUCACGGUCACCAUUCAGACCGGCAUGGAUCGCUUUGAGGAGGUAGUGGUUGAGAUAGUAAAAUCUGACUUUCACAAGCCAUUUCUUGGUGGAUUUAGACACAAAAUAACAGGACUAGAAUAUCACAACGCUGGAACCCAAACUGUGCCUAAAAAGAUUCCUGAAAAAACCAAUCUAUUCUGUAGGGACUCCCAGACAGUUUUUCAGAGAAAAAAGCUACAGCAAACUACAAAUACCACCUCCACCCAGAUGACUAAGAUUGGUGUGUAUGUAUCAAACAUGACUGAUAAACUGAUCAAGCCAGGAAAUUACUUUUCAGCAGCCGAGUACCAUGCUCAAAGGUUGAAUGCGGUGAUGGUGAUACAGACUAACUACAGGCGAUGGCAUGCUAAGCGCUAUGUAGACAGCUUAAGACAGCAAAAGAAAUUGAGGCUGCAGUGGGAAGAAGAGCAAGAACUCCUGAAGAUUCAAGAGAAGGAAGAAUGGAUACGAACGGACUAUUACCGGAGGCACAACCCUAAAACAACUGAUGACUUUGAGCUCCUUUACAAUGCUCUAGAGCUUUGGCGGCAAGAAGAAGUUACACAAAUUGACCAAUACUCAAGUGAGGCUGAAAGGAAGGCUGCUCUGUGUGAACUUCUGGAAAAAGAGACACAGAUGAUUGCUUCCAUUGGGAGGCAUAGAUAUGUUGCUCGUAUGGAGAAGCAAGAUGCAGCUAUACAAGCUUUCCUGAAUAAGUGUUCAGCUCCAAAUGUCUGGAGAAGACCUGAUGGCAAAACCAUUGAAAUGGAUACCCAGUUCACAAUAAGAGCCAGAGAGCUGCAAAGCAUCUACAAGUGUAUCAUGCUGAAAGACCUCUCUCAAGACGAGAGGCUAGAUAUACUCCUGACGCUUAAACACACUGUGAAGGAACAUGAGUGUAAACUGACCCAAGAAAUCCUAGAACUGGUUGACAGAGAAGUUGACCUUAUGAUGAGAGGAGUCAAAUCUCAAAAUCUCGAAGGACUCAGAAAGAGAAUCACAACACUCUUUAUUCACUAUAUCAAAACUCCUCUGUUUAAUCCUGAAGUCGCAAGAUACCUUAAGGUCCCUCAAGACCCACUGAAGUUUUAUGAUACGAUCUACUUUUGCCACAGUUGCCAAAAGUAUUUGCCUUCUGUCGAGUUUUCUGUCUCACCCACCUCCCAUCGUGUGUACCGCUGCCGGCACUGCUUAAACCUGGAGAAUGAGACUCAGAGGCGCGAAUCAUUUUUGAAGUACAAGUGUUUACUUCAGCGGCUCUACUUCUCAGAAGCUGAUUAUGAGGAUGAAUCCCAGAUUGCUUUUCUGAUGCAGCUUCAGGAUAUUAAGUACUUGACAGAGAACAUCUGGGCAUCCCAGUCAGCCCUCAGUGAGUGGGAUGAUCUCAAUGACCUGGUCAUGGUCAGGUGGGAUAAGCAAGUGGAGUGGUCUCCCUGGAACUGCAUUCUUCUCACCAAGGAUGAAGGUGUAGCUCAUCUCAAACUACAAAGUAUCGAAAAGGAGUAUGGACGCCUUUUUAUUCACAAGAUCAAGCACAAACAUAUCCUGGCUAAAAACUAUUUUUCACAGAUCCCAGCACUGGCUUCACUUAUACUUAAGGACGAUGAAGUAGGAGCUAUCAGGAGUAAAUACUCCACAGAGAGUCCACCUAAAAUCAUCAUACCCCGUGGGAUUGAACCUCAGUAGAUUCAAGAAUAUCAACUUGAUGAUGAGUGGUUUUGUUCUCUAGAAAGAGAGUAAUACAAAGGUCAUGUGACAUGGAAAACCAACUAUAUACUUCUAUUUGUAUUAUCUGCUUUACUCAAUAUUUUGUUAUAUGAAUAGAAAAAAAUCUGUAUACACAAACCUUUGUUGUGUGGCUAGUAAUCUAUAAAUUUGAUACCAACAUUAAUAGUUAAAGAGAACAUUUUACUUUUAUCUAUUUUCAUGUUAAUUUAAAAAAUGCUUUAUAGUCAAAAUACAUCAGUGAAACAAAACCUUGGCUUAACCUUCAGUGAAAGUAAUUUAUUUAUUUAACACAUACUUUAUGAGUAUAAUCAUUUUCUAUACAUAAGACUGUAUUUUGAUAUAAGUAUUUGAAUAUUUUACUUUUAUUGUCUAUUUUUACCUUUUAACUGCAUAAAUAGUACAAGGAAAGAAGCAAAGAAAAAAUCUUCACUGCAUGCCAUGAAACAAGGCAAACAGUGGAAAUGUUAUGUUAAACACUUUCUAUGGGGUACUGUUGAGAUUCUGUAAGGAGCACAAACUUGAUCAAAUCAACUGUCCACUGCUGCUCAAUAAACUAAGCAAUAACCUUGACUCUA